GUUUAAAUAAAGCUUACACUGCCCUCCAGUGGUGAAAAGUAAGAAGUACAUCUGUUCUCACAUUUCCUAACAAACAAGUUUAACUUUAUGAAGUUUUGCCUUCUCGGUUAUUUAAGUAUUAGAAAGUUUUUCUUCUCAGCAGGUGGAUGUCAUAACACAGUUUGUCUGACGUCAGCACACAGACCUUAUCAGCUCUGCUCAGGACCUAAAUAAUGAAACAGAUGGAGGACAGAUAAACCGGUCCAGUCCCCCCUCCUCCUGCCUUCUUAGCAGCGGUCAGCUGAUUAGCUGUAGGUGGUGUUCAGUGAAGCACACAUCACUCCUCCACCGCCCACAGAGGCCUCAUGGCUUUGACAUUUAACAUGUCCACAGAGCAGCAAAAUCUCACACAGACUCCUCUGCUCAAGAUUUGGGUUCCAUGGAUGGGAUACAACCUGAACCGUAGGAGAGGAUCCUCUGUGCCUCAGUUCUGUAACUCUCCAACAGUCAUCGUUAUGGUGGGAUUACCUGCCAGAGGGAAGACCUACAUUUCCAAGAAGCUCACUCGUUACCUGAACUGGAUCGGGGUUCCUACAAAAGUGUUUAACCUGGGUCAGUACCGCAGGGAGGCAGUCAAGACCUAUAAGAACUUUGAAUUCUUUAAACCUGAUAACGAGGAGGCCAUGACGAUCCGUAAGGCCUGCGCUUCAGCUGCACUCAAAGAUGUUGCUGCUUACUUCACAAAGGAACAUGGACAGGUGGCUGUGUUUGAUGCUACCAACACCACGAGAGAGAGAAGGGUGGUCAUCAAUGCAUUUGCAAAAGAGAGAGGUUAUAAGGUCUUCUUUGUAGAAUCAAUCUGUGACGACCCAGAAAUCAUUACAGAGAAUAUCAAGCAAGUAAAAUUUGGAAGUCCAGAUUACAUUGAUCGAGACUUUGAUGAAGCCAUGGAGGACUUCAUCCAGCGCAUUGAGUGUUACAAGACAACCUACACACCUAUAGAUGAUGAGAAAGACAGGAAGCUGUCCUACAUCAAGAUUUUUGAUGUGGGUAGUAGAUAUCUAGUGAACCGGGUCCAGGACCAUAUUCAAAGCAGGAUUGUCUACUACCUCAUGAACAUCCACGUCACGCCGAGAUCUAUCUACCUGAGCCGCCACGGAGAGAGCGAGCUUAACCUGGUGGGGCGAAUUGGUGGGGAUUCAGGCUUGUCCCCGAGAGGACAAAAGUAUGCCAAUGCUUUAGCUUCCUUCAUCAGAGGACAGAAGAUCAAGGACCUGAAGGUGUGGACAAGCCACAUGAAGAGGACCAUCCAGACCGCAGAGACUCUGGGAGUACAGUACGAACAGUGGAAGGCUCUGAAUGAGAUAGAUGCUGGUGUGUGUGAGGAGCUGACCUACGAGGAGAUUCAGGAGAAUCUUCCAGAAGAGUUUGCAUUGAGAGACCAAGACAAGUAUCGCUAUCGUUAUCCAAAGGGAGAGUCCUACGAGGAUCUUGUCCAUCGUCUGGAGCCGGUCAUCAUGGAGCUGGAGAGGCAGGAGAAUGUUCUGGUUAUCUGCCAUCAGGCUGUGAUGCGUUGCCUGUUAGCCUACUUUCUGGACAAACCUGCAGAGGAGCUUCCGUAUCUCAGAUGUCCUCUUCAUACGGUGCUCAAACUCACCCCAAUUGCUUAUGGCUGUAAAGUUGAGUCAUUUUACCUCAACAUUGAAGCUGUCAACACACACAGAGAAAGGCCAACAAAUGUUAACACCAACAGAGACACAGAGGAGGCUCUGCAAACUGUUCCAGAUCACAUAUAGAAGCUGUUUUUGGAGAAAUGGACUUAACUCCUUCAGCCUGACUGAGAGAUCCAGUUUCAUGUUUACCGAGCAGAAACAAAGGAUAAGGAAGACAGGACGGGAAGUGGACCAACAUGGACAUCAGCUGGUCCUAGUUGUCUCCAGAGUCUGUGAAAUGUUCCCGUGUCUUUUCUGACUGUUUUUGGUUUGAUUUAUUUAUUAUUGUUUACAUCUGAUUUAUUGAAAGAAUAAUAUUAAAAGAAAAACGUUGAACAGAUUGUUGUAAACAACAAAUGAUAAACUGAAUAUAUUUGGGAAUCAGAACCAUGGACAGCACCAGACAAACAAUGACUGAGGAUCAGAAAUCAACCCCGGAUGGAAAAUGUUAAUAAUAAAAAGCUUCCACGAAUAAAAACAAAACAUACAAAUUUAAAUAAAGGGGAUGAUAUCUCUCCAACAUAAGUUCUGUUUUUCUGCUUCCAGCAGGUCUCUGAGAAAUGCGUUGAAGGGAAAGAAAACUGACAUCAGGGAGAGAUUUAGGAAAAUAUUCAGGCUUGAGAGCAGCAAGGAAGGAGGAGGAGGAAGAGGUGGAGAGGGAGAAGUAGGAGGAGGAGGAGUUUUUCCCACAUAGUGGAGCAGAGGUUAAUAAUCUAUCAUUUUUCUCAGACCUGGAAGGUCGUAGUCAACAGAAAGGAGAUCGCGACUCUUGUUGAAUCUUUUCCUCCUCCAUCUGUUCUUCCUUCCUGUUUUUUUUUUUUUUCUUUUCUUUUCUUUUCUCUGUGUUUGAGUGAGUUCACCUGUCGGACAUGUUUCUGUUAUCAGAGCAUAUUUUACCUCAGAAUCUGUUUCCUCUGAGCUGAGCUGGAGGAAAAAUGUGAAUUCUGUUUUCAUCCGUCAGACAUCUGCAAAAAAAUCCUGCAAACAUGGUGUUUUUUAAGCUUCAGUGUGUUCUAGUUUGCCUCGUUUUGUUUAUGGAAGCAGGAUUAUCAGAGGAUUAUCAGGUACAUCUUGGCAACAACAUUCUUUUACAGGUGAGAGUAUUUUUGUUAUUUUAUUUUACACAGUUCUGCUGUGUAAACUUUAUUUGUUCUUCCAGAUAAAAAUAAUUAUAUAUGAGUUUGUAUCUGGGCUCAUUAAAACAAAACAGUUUAUAAAUUCAGAUUUUAUUGAUGUACUCGUUGCUAAUUGUUGUUGGAACCUGAAAUAAA